UGUGUAACACAUAUCUUUCAGGGUUGCCGGUUGGGUUGUUUUUUUACCCAACAACAUAUAAAAUUUAGAGAAAAUCACCAUGAAAGGCGUCUGUUGUUUAUUUUGCUAUUCAGGGCUCGGCCACAUGGGCAGAUCAUGUUAACAACUGCUUGCUUUUUCUGGAAGUGUGUGUGUUAUAGUGAACGGCGUUUCUGAAUAGGCUGUAUAUGGCCAGCGGAGAGGGGGCUGGAGCUCACUUGGACAGCCCGUUAUGGAAGGCGAGCAGCGGGAUGAUGAGGGGAGACGGUGGACAUGAGGGGGUUCGGCUCGGGAUGCGCAGUGAGGAGGAAAGACUCCAGACUUUCACCAACUGGCCAAGAGAUGCGCCCGUGAGCCCCGCUGAGCUGGCCCGGGCUGGCUUUCACUAUCUGGGAUACGGGGACACGGUGCAGUGCUUCUUCUGUGAUGGGGUCCUGAGGCACUGGGUUCACGGAGACACCCCGUGGGGGGAGCACGAGAGGCACUUCCCCACGUGCGGCUUGAUGAUGGGCAGGGAUGUGGGCAAUGUUCCGCUGGGCUCGUCCGACUCUGUGGAUGGGCAGCUGUUGAGUCAACUUCAGCGGCUGACCGUGGACGAGCAGGUGCAGUCCGGCCAGGCGGUCUACCCGGAGAUGGAGUCCGAGGACACCAGGUUGUCCAGUUAUCACAACUGGCCCACAGGAGCAUCUGUGCAGCCCGACGCGCUGGCGCGAGCUGGCUUCUUCUUUACAGGUCAUGGUGACAAUGUGAAGUGUUUCUUCUGUGAUGGUGGUCUGAGGAACUGGGAACCAGGUGAUGACCCCUGGGAGGAACACGCCAAAUGGUUUCCUCGUGCAUCAACGUUAUUAAUUUGGUCUAUCAUGUGCUUCCAAAGAUGUGACUAUUUGCUUCAAUCCAGAGGACGGGAAUAUGUGAGCAAUAUCCAGCAGUCUUACUUUAGCAUGAAUGAGAGAAUGGGUGGAUCUCUGUCAUCAACUGCAGGAAACAUUACAUCAGGCGUGUCUGUGUUCCUGCUGGCAGAGGUGUUGGGUGGGCAGAGUUCAGUGGCGGCGGCCAUGUUGUCUCCGGUGGUGCAGGCGGUGCUGCAGAUGGGCUUCCAGCGCUCACUAGUGGAGAGUCUGGUACAGUCACACUUCUUACUGACCGGCUCACACUACACCUCAGUGUCUGACCUGGUGACCGACGUCCUGCAGGCCGAGGAGGAGGAGAGGCAGACCGGGGAGCCCAGACCAGAGAUGGUGGUGAGUCCGAGAACGUCAAGAACGCCGGUCGCAGUCAGGGAGAAAGUGCGAUCCGAUCUGAGUCCAGAGGAACAGCUGAGACAGCUUCAGGAAGAGAGGACCUGUAAGGUGUGCAUGGACAAACUCGUCUCCAUGGUCUUCAUCCCCUGUGGUCAUCUGGUCGUCUGCACCGACUGCGCAGCCAGUCUGCGCCACUGCCCCAUAUGCAGGGCGGUCAUUCGGGGAAGUGUGCGUGCAUUCAUGUCCUGAAGCGCAAACACAUUGUGUUAUUAUUAGCAAGAACCGUACUGCAUAGUCUUUUAAAGAAUAUGUAAUGCUGAAAAAUACUAUAUGGUGUAAUCAGCUUCCAAAUCAGCAUCAGUGUUCUUUAAAAAGACGUAUAGUUUGAUAUUUGUCUAUACAUUAAAUCUGCAGGGCUCUAAAAGCUCGCUUUACAUCCAAAGUUGCAAUAUAAAAAUAUAAACGUUUUUCAGAAUAGCUUAGUAUUUGUUUUUUCCCUUGAUUGAAUGACCACCUCACUUUAUCUAUGAGAACAUCUGACUAUCUGCACAAAAAUGUACUUAUCUACAAAAAAAGUGCAGGAUCUUAAUGAUUUCAUGUAGUUGAAAUCCUAAAACCUGUUCAUUUUCAGGUUUAAAUUGGAUUUUAAAUCUUUCAGAUCCCACUGUACAUUAAAAUGUUUUACAUGCUUCUAAUUUCUGCACAACAGGUUGAUUUUGUGUCAUGCCAAAGUAAACAGCUUUUUGAGAAUCUUUUUUUAAUCUUAAAAAAAUAUAAAAUGGAAUUUAGAGAUCAUAUUGUAUAAUAAUCUUAUUUUAUUAUCUGUGUAUAACAGAUUGCACUUAUAUUUUCAUGAAUAAAAAUGAUUUGCAAUGCCU